UCGUAUUUUACACCAAAAAACAUAUCCUCCAGGGGCAGAAAAACCUAGAAAACACAUACAUCACAGGCUUGCUUGUAAAGCAGAUGAAACACUAUCCAAAUUAAUUUCGAAGAGAACAGCAAGAGCUAGAAAGAACUCCAGGGUUGGAUUAGUUUUCGAUGGCUUCUUCAAUUUCUGCAACUGGGCUUAAGGGAGGUUUUGGGACUGCGUUUAUGGGAAGUUGGGGCACUUCAGUUGUUGGCGAAGACUAUGCCAUGUUGGUUAAGCCAGUGCCAAGCCAUGUUAGAGUUGCGAAGCCAGUGAAAUCGCCUCCCAUGAUGAAGAAUGUCAAUGAAGGAAAGGGUCUUUUUGCUCCUGUUGUUGUUAUCACACGUCAAAUAAUUGGCAAGAAAAGGUUCAAUCAGCUUAGAGGCAAAGCAAUUGCCUUACACUCACAGGUGAUUACUGAGUUCUGCAAAUCGAUAGGAGCAGAUGCAAAACAAAGGCAGGGACUUAUUAGGUUGGCCAAGAAGAAUGGAGAGAGACUCGGGUUCCUUGCUUGAUAAAAGAAGAGGAUUUCUCCUCUGGUCAUCUUCAUGUAACAAGCAUUUUCUAGUCCAUAGUUCAUUUGAGGGCUUUCAGAUGUAAAUACCUCUCUUCAUCUGGGGCCCUUGGAAUCAUCAUGUUAACGACAUUGUAUGGCUACUUCACUCUUCAUUUUACCUGUAGUACUUUGUCUUGAGAUUAUUAAAGUAAAGCGUCUUUAAAGAUUCGU